AGAAUUCUUUUUUCUUUCAAAUCUCACUUUCUCUCAAAGUUUAAUUUAGACGAUAAAUUUAUAAUGCUUGGUGACCUUCGUACGUAUAUACUUAUUUAUAUAUAGUGGAUCACUAACAAAUGUUAUAUAGUUCAGAACCUCUCUUUAAGUUGGAAAGUGUUGAGCUGGAGAAGAACCAACGAUUCAGAUUCUUUCCAACGAAAUGCUCAUCUCCACAGGUUUGAAGCUAUUUCAUUAUUGGGAGCCUUGGCUGCAGCCAAGCUCACCCUGCUUGUGGGAGAGUGCCAGCAUUAUACUCCAGCUUGGGUUCUUUGCGGUCCUGUUAAUCAGCUUUGUUAUUCGGCUCAUCAAGUCAUGGGGCAUCCAAGAAACAAAAGUCAAGAGCCGAGAAACUUACCCAGCCAACUUGAACAUAGGCGUCUCUUACAAACUGAGCGUAGCUUGCUCCAUUGUAUUACUCAGUACACAUAUUAUGAUCCCUCUAACAUUAAAAACAAUAAACAAAAACCAUUGUCAACUCGAAAUUCGGAUACUAUCCUCGGAAAUCAUGCAAAUUGUUUUGUGGAUUAUGACUUUGAUUGCAUUAUACUUGAUUCCAAAACACAAAAUUGUUAAUUUCCCAUGGAUUCUAAGAACUUGGUGGCUAUGCACUUUCGUGUUAACGGCCUCCCGGUUUACUCUAGACGUCCUCUUUCUAUUUUCUCAUCAUUAUUACCCAGGACUACCCGAAUAUAUCGAGUUCGUUGAAACUCUAGCCUCAACCUCCUUGUUGUUUCUUGCAUUAAGAGGAAAAACCGGCAUAGCCUUGGCUGAUCCUAAUCCGGUCACUGAACCAUUUCUAGACAGUAACUCGAACCCAAAACAACAUUUGGGGUCAGAAAGAGAGUGCCCUUAUGGAAAAGCUUCGAUUUUUCAACUAGUGACAUUUUCUUGGCUCAAUCCGUUGUUCGUCGCUGGAAAUAAGAAACCUCUCGACCAAGAUGAAGUACCGGAUAUCGACACCACUGAUUCGGGUCAUUUUACAUCACAAGUCUUUGAUGAAUGCUUGAAGCAAGUUGGUACAGAACACUCUUCUAUCUACAAAGCAAUCUAUCUUUACACAAGAAAGAAGAUAGUAAUCAAUGCCCUUUUCGCCAUUUCGAGUGCUGCAGCAUCAUACGUGGGGCCAUAUCUCAUCAGUGAUUUAGUGAGUUAUCUGAACGAAAAGAAAACCAGAAGUUUAACUAGUGGGUAUCUUAUCACACUCGGGUUCUUGGGUGCAAAAGUUGUAGAGACACUAACACAACGACAAUGGAUCUUCGGUGCGCGACAACUUGGGCUGCGACUCAGGGCUGCUUUGAUAUCACAGAUAUACAAGAAAGGGCUCGUGUUAUCGAGCCGUUCAUGCCAAUCCCACACGAGUGGGGAGAUAAUCAACAUUAUGAGUGUUGACAUCCAACGAAUAACGGACUUCAUGUGGUACAUUAACACAUUCUUUAUGUUACCUAUUCAAAUCACAUUAGCAAUGGUUGUACUUCACAUAAAUCUUGGAAUGGGAGCCUUUGUGGGGCUGGCAGCAACGAUCAUAUUAAUGUCCGGGAAUAUACCUUUGACAAGAGCUCAGAAAUGGUAUCAAUCAAAAAUAAUGGAGUCGAAGGAUGCACGAAUGAAGUCCACUUCAGAAGUCUUACGAAAUAUCAAGACACUGAAACUUCAAGCGUGGGACACACAUUACCUUAAAAAGCUCCAAGGUUUCAGGAAAGUGGAGUAUGACUGGCUAUGGAAAUCACUCAAACUCAACGCUGUUGGGGCUUUUAUUUUCUGGGGUGCGCCAACUUUCAUCUCUGUGCUGACUUUUGGAGGGUGUGUUUUGAUGGGUAUCCCACUUACAGCUGGAAGAGUUCUUUCUGCUUUAGCUACAUUUCGAAUGUUACAAGAUCCUAUAUUUAACCUACCGGAUUUACUAAACGUAAUUGCGCAAGGGAAAGUGUCUGCAGAUCGUGUGGCUUCCUUCCUCCAAGAAGAAGAGAUUAAAUCCGAUACAGUCGAGUUUGUUCCAAGAAGUCUAACAGAAUUCGACGUGCAGAUCGAAAAUGGAAGAUUCAGCUGGGAUCCAGAUUCAAGAAAUUAUGCUAGUCUUGAUCAGAUUGAUCUACAAGUUAAAAGGGGGAUGAAAGUAGCCAUUUGUGGAACCGUUGGGUCCGGAAAGUCUAGUUUGUUGUCAUGUAUACUUGGUGAGAUGCCUAAGUUAUCUGGAACUGUGAAGAUAAGUGGUUCAAAGGCUUAUGUACCUCAGUCUGCAUGGAUCUUGACGGGGAAUAUUAGAGAGAAUAUAUUGUUUGGGAAUGAUUACGAUGAAACAAGGUACGAGAAUACCAUCAAAGCGUGCGCGUUGAGUAAAGAUCUUGAGCUUUUUUCCACUGGAGACUUGACAGAAAUUGGAGAAAGAGGGAUAAAUAUGAGUGGAGGCCAAAAGCAAAGGAUUCAGAUUGCGCGUGCAGUGUAUGAUGAUGCUGAUAUAUAUCUGCUCGAUGAUCCGUUCAGUGCUGUGGAUGCGCACACAGGAACCGAACUCUUUCAGAAAUGCCUUCUAGGGAUGCUCAAAGAGAAGACAGUGUUGUACGUUACACACCAGGUCGAGUUUCUUCCAGCUGCGGACCUCAUUCUGGUGAUGCAAAAUGGAAGAAUUGCUCAGUCUGGAACUUUUAAAGAACUUUUGAAGCAAAACAUAGGAUUUGAAGUUCUAGUUGGAGCUCAUAACCAAGCUCUAGAAUCAGUACAAGCAGUGGAGAGUUCAAGUAGAGAAACCGAACAAACACCAACCGGAGAUGAAGAAUCAACUUUGAUCACCGAACUCGCACAAACUAGGCAGGAUUCAGAUCACAAUCUAUGUGUAGACAUGUCCAAAAAGGAAGGGAAAUUGGUUCAUGAAGAAGAAAGAGAGAAAGGAAGCAUAGGAAAGGAAGUUUAUUGGUCAUACUUGACAUUAGCCAAAGGCGGUGUUUUAGUCCCCUUCAUACUCCUGGCUCAAUCUUCUUUCCAGCUUUUACAAAUUGCUAGUAAUUACUGGAUGGCAUGGGCUUGUCCAACCGAUUCAACUGAAAUAGUCAACGGGAUGGCCUUUAUUUUACUUGUUUAUACACUUUUGGCAGUUGGUAGUGCAUUUUGCAUAUUGCUUAGAGCCUCCCUUGUUGCUAUAGCGGGUCUUUUAACCUCAGAAAAACUUUUCAACAACAUGCUUAACAGUGUUUUCCGUGCACCCAUGUCCUUCUUUGACUCCACUCCAACCGGAAGAAUCUUGAACCGGGCAUCCACAGAUCAAAGUGUGAUAGAUUUAGAGAUGGCAAACCGAAUAGGAUGGUGUGCAUUUUCAACGAUUCAGCUUCUUGGAACAAUGGCAGUUAUGUCACAGGUAGCAUGGGAAGUAUUUGCCAUCCUUAUUCCGGUAACAGCCAUCUGCAUAUGGUACCAAAGAUAUUACAUACCAACUGCAAGAGAAUUAGCACGGUUAGCAGGUAUAGAACAAGCUCCAAUCCUUCACCACUUUGCAGAAUCGCUCACGGGUGCAGCAACGAUCCGUGCUUUCAGACAACAAGACCGGUUUAUUGAGAAAAAUCUUGGUCUUAUUGACAAUCACUCAAGACCAUGGUUUCAUAAUGUGGCAGCAAUCGAGUGGCUUUGUUUCAGGCUGAACCAGUUAUCAAAUUUUGUGUUUGCAUUUUCAUUGGUUCUCCUUAUAACUCUUCCUGACGGAAUCAUUAAUCCAAGCAUUGCAGGACUGGCAGUAACUUAUGGAAUAAAUUUGAAUGUCCAACAAGCUUCAGUCAUAUGGAACAUAUGCAAUGCAGAAAACAAAAUGAUCUCGGUGGAAAGAGUGCUGCAGUACUCGAAACUAACUAGCGAGGCGCCUUUGGUGAUUGAAGACUCACGACCACCUAAUGAAUGGCCAGAAAAUGGAACCAUUUCCUUUACAAAUUUGCAGAUUCGAUAUGCAGAUCAUCUCCCGUCUGUCUUGAAAAACAUUACCUGCACAUUUCCAGGAAAAAAGAAAGUUGGUGUUGUUGGUAGAACCGGAAGCGGAAAGUCUACACUCAUACAAGCCAUUUUUAGAGUUAUAGAGCCUACACAAGGAUUCAUCACAAUAGAUGGGGUAGAUAUAUGCAAAAUAGGCCUCCAUGAUUUAAGAUCAAGACUCAGCAUCAUUCCUCAAGAUCCAACCAUGUUUGAAGGAACAGUUAGAGGAAAUCUCGACCCUCUAAACCAAUAUCCUGACACAGAAAUCUGGGAGGCGUUGGAUAAAUGUCAACUUGGAGAUAUAGUUCGUGGGAAGGACGAAAAACUAGAAUUUCCAGUGGUGGAGGGGGGAGAAAACUGGAGUGUUGGACAGAGGCAAUUGUUUUGUCUUGGUAGAGCAUUGCUUAAGAAAUGCAGCAUUCUUGUUCUUGAUGAAGCAACUGCAUCUAUUGAUUCCGCAACAGACGGAAUCUUGCAAAAGAUUAUAACUCAAGAAUUUAAGGAAAGAACUAUCGUUACAAUAGCACACAGAAUCCAUACAGUUAUAGAUAGUGAUCUCGUCUUGGUGCUUAGUGAUGGAAAAAUAGCGGAGUAUGACACGCCUACAAGGCUAUUGGAAAGAGAGAACUCCUUCUUCUCAAGACUCAUCAAGGAGUACUCAAUGAGAUCAAAUUUCGACAAAAAGUGAGCUAGCUAAAAGCACCUACACGACGACGAGGGGUUUAUUUGGAGGAAGUAUUGAAACCUAACAUAUAAUGUAGUUGCUUUGUAAAAGAAGAUAUCUUAAUAUUUAUACUUCAUUCGAGCCCACACUACUCCUAUCAAAUAAAUGAGAUGAAAAUAUAUGCACCUUGAAAUAUAAAUGACAGUUUAGUCAAAUGAAUCAGCAAUUAAUUUA